GUGUUGGCAGUGAACUCUGGCAGAGCUGAGGUACUGAGAUCCAUCCUGGGAUGGUCAGUCACCUCUAAAGAAGUAUCCAAACAAAACUAAACAAAUUAAUCUAAGCUUUCAUGGACACCCAAGCUACUCGAACAGCACAACAAUCUGGGUGAGCUUAGCCCGGCGAGCUUUCCGUGCUGGUUAGCGCAGCAGGGAGAAGGAAAGGAAACGCAAGCCUGACCCUGGCUCAGGUUGCGGAGCUGGGCUUGUUUUCUUGGCCAUCGCAGCUGACUCGCUAUCGGGAAAGAGCACUGCCCUCAGAAGCGAAAGAGAAAGCAGAUAACUAUCUGCACGCCACAAAACAGGCUGUGCACGCUGUGACACCAGCCAGUGCAGGACCGGCAGCAGCUGCAGAACCGCUGGGCUCCUAGAACGGCACCACAGCCCCUCUCCAGCGUGUGUCAGCUCCACACCCACCCAAAUGGGCAGCCCCACUCUGUGCCCAGGCAUAGAUAUUUUCCUGGUUACUUGAGUCUUCGUUGCAGAUUCAGAACAAUGGGUGUCCUCCAUGUGAUCUUCCAGUCUCUCCAGAAGCCUUUUGAGAAGAAGCCCUCCAGGGGAGGCUACAAGAAGUGAGGGGAAAGUGACAUGGGGAAGUGGACAGUGUAAAGCAGAAGCCUGCAGGACAGCACUAGAGGACAGUACACAUUCCAGGGAGAGGAGCAGUCAGGUUUGCCAACCAGUCUGAGAGAGGAGCAAGGCAUCCCCACAGCAGCUUUUACCAUGGUACCAAGAAAGCAUGCAGGCACCAGGAUGGGUCUGCUGCAACAGAGCCGCACCAAGAACCUGCUCCACGUGCUGAUUUUACUGGAGGCUGUUGGGACUUUGGCCUUGAUGUCCUACGCACUGCUGUAUGAAGCCGGAAACCUGGUGAACCUCCCUGACAAAUGCAUUGGCUUUUACAACUUCUGCCUGUGGAAUAAUACAGCUGGGGAGCUGCAGUGCCUGGACACCAAGCAUCUACAGGCAAUGGGCAUCAGUCUGCUACAACUGGGACUAGCCAGGGUUUGUGUGUAUACCUGCCUGGUCUUCAUCCUCUUCCACCUCCCUUUUGUUUUAAAUGUGACUUGCACAGAGCAGAGAGAGGAAUGGAAGAUGAUCUGCACCAUACCCCUCAUCAAUAUGAUAAUGCUGUCUGGAGGCCUGGGUAUGUUUAUUUUACAAACCUCGCAGUGGAUUCAUCCCUCUGAUUUCACUGGAGGCUUCCUGGCACUGCUUGGGACUCAGGCUCUGCUACUGCUCCAGACUCUCACUACCACUGUGUACCUCAACUGGGCCAAAUACACACAUAUGUGUUAAAACCAUUUAACUGAGGAGGCCCUAAGAUUUGACAGUGAAGAAGAUGCAAGAGCUAUUUAAAAUAGUAAUCCAAACAGAGCUUUACUCAUUAGCAAAAAUCUGAUUCCCAGUGCAAAGGCUCAUGUCGAGCCAUACUCUGGCACAAUGCUGUGUGCAGCACUCCUGCAUCAAGCUGGCAGCAGACACCAACAGCCACAGCACAAAAGCUUCCCAGGUGCAACAAGGUGUAACACCCCUCAGUUUGGGGCGCAGAUCAAAGAGCAGUGGCCUCAAAGAGCAGUGAAGGUAGCAGAACUAGCAUACAGUGGACACAGCCCUCUGCUCACACAUAGUAUAAGUAAAAAAAGUUGCUAGUAUCUCAUAGUAUAUGAUUAAAUCUGUAAUUAACUAACAAAAUGCUUUUAAUACUGUACCCUACCAUAUAAAAAAGAUAAAGGGAGUUUAAAAACACAAUCUGUAGAUAAUGUUUAACUAGGAACUAACCAGUGUUCAGGAAAAUGUAACCAAAGUGUUAAUUUCUUUGUAAGCAGACUGGAUCUAUAUCACUUAAAAUAUAUAAGCAGCCAAUCAACAACCAACCUUCAAGGCUGUGAAGAAAGCCAUUUAGGACAAUACAGAAAUAACACAGAAAGAGCCAGUUUGAAAACAGUUUGAAAACAAGAUACCAGACUGAGCAUGCACCAACUAAGAAAGUGCAAUAAAAGGACAAGUGAUAAAGACGAUUAAAUGACCACCAAAACCCUUACAGGGGGCAGUAAUAACCCCUAAAGGACAUUAGAUGGCAGAAAAGACUGAAAUAGUUAACUAUGGUUCAUAUAAUUUUUCAAAACAGGCAUUUUAUGUUAUUGAUUUUUCUGUGUAAUGAAUAUGUAACAGCCAUGUAAGUAUAAGUUGCAUUAAUUCAUCCAGUGGCUGGGAGGACUUGCGUAAAUAAAGAAUGCCUGCUUAACAAUGA